AGGAGGAAAAGAAAGAGGAGAAGAAAAUGGAGAUUUUACAGAAGGACGAAGAAAUCGUAAAUAAUGUGGAAGAAAGAAAAUCUAUUAAGAAAAAACCCGCCGAUAAAGUUGAAGACAAAAAAGAAGAGGAAAAAAAAAAGAUUAUAAAGAAACAAGAAGCCGAAUCCAAAGAGGCAUCUAAAGAAGCCACGCUUAAAGUUGAGAAAACUGUAGCAGGUCGUAAAGAAUCAAUCAGCAGAGUGGAAGAAAUCAAGACAGAAAGCCGUCGCAGCUCGAUCACCAAGACGCAGAUAAUGGAUGAUGGCACUGAAACACCACGACGUCUUUCUAUACAGAAGACGGAAGAAGAAGUCAAAGUGGAAAGCAGACGAUCCUCUGUUAUGGAAAAGAAGAAAGCAACUGUCGAAAAGAACAUACUCACAUCGAAGACCAAGCCACACAUACACGCACCCGACGAAGAAAUUCAGGCUACAUCUCAAGCUGCAAUUAAGCCAAGCGUGCGCGAUUCAGAUGAUGAACUUGAGGAUGCGUGGAGAAUUCAUAAUCCGGGAGAACGUGAUAAUGAAUCUGCGCCACAUUAUAAAGAUACAUCACCAGCUAAGACACACAAAUCUUACACACAAAAGAAAUUAGAAGUUAGAUCCAAAGAUGAAACACUUCCACUUGACACAAUGACAAAUAAAACACAUCCGCAGAAAUCUGAUGAAAAAAUUAGGGAUACUUUGACAGAAAAAACACAUUUACCUGACACAUCUACAAGUAAAACACUUCCACAUAAAAUCGAUGAAGCUACAAAAGAUAAGACACUUCCACGUGACACAGCCACACACAAAAUACGUUCGCAGAAAUCUGACGAAGAUAUUGAGGACAUUUGGGCGAGUAAAAAGCGCGAUACUGAUUCUAAAAAACCUGACAAAAACACUCCGAAAGAGAAAACAUAUUUGCGUGACACAUCUACGAGCAAAACACUUUCACAAAAAAUCGACGAAGUUUCGAAAGAUAAAACACUUCCACGUGACACAUCCAUACACAAAAUACAUCCACAAAAAUCUGAUGAAGAAUUUGGUAUAGGGAUCUUAUUGUCGCGCAUAAUCGACAUUAAAUUAUUUAUCUUUAAAACAUUAAUUUUUUAGGACAUUUGGGCGAGUAAAAAGCGUGACACUGAUUCCAAAAAACGUGACGAAGAUACUCCGAAAGAGAAAACAUAUUUACGUGGCACAUUUACGAGCAAAACACGUCCACAUGAAAUCGAUGAAACUUUAAAAGAUAAUACACUUCCACGUGAUACACCCACGCACAAAAUACAUCCGCAGAAAUCUGACGAAGAGAUUGAGGACGAUCGAGCGAAUAAAAAACGCGAUACUGAUUCUAAAAAACUUGACCAAGAUACUCCGAAAGAGAAAACAUAUUUACGUGACACAUCUACGAGCAAAAUACUUUCACAUAAAAUCGACGAAAUUUUAAAAGAUAAAACACUUCCACAUGAUACACUCACACAUAAAAUACAUCCGCAGAAAUCUGAUGAAGAGAUUGAGGAUAUUUGGACGAAUAAAAAGAGCGAUGUUGACUCUAAAGAACGUGACAAAGAUACUCCGAAAGAGAAAACAUAUUUGCGUGACACAUUUACGAGCAAAACACUUCCACGUAAAAUCGAUGAAAUUUCAAAAGAUAAAACACUUCCACGUGACACACACACGCAUAAAAUAUAUCCGCAGAAAUCUGACGAAGAGGAUAUUUCGCCGACUAAACCCAAAGAGCGUGAUGUAGAUUCCAAGAAACCGGAUAAAGAUAUAUCAAAAGAUAAAACACCUCUGCAUGAAACAUUCACAGCUAAAACACCAUACAAAUCUGAAGAAGUGAAAGACAAGACACUUCCACAUGAUACAAUCAUGGCUAAAACACAACCACACAAAUCUGAUGAAGUAUUAAAGAUUAAACCACAUCUACACGAUACAGACAGAACACAUUCACACAAAUCCGAUGAGAAAAUUGAGGAUUCGCCAAAAGCUAAAGAUAAACCAUCAUCUCGUCGUCAAUCUGACGAAGAAAUCGAGGAUGUUUGGUCCAAGCGGAAGGAACGUGAACAUAAACCGCACAAAGACGAUAAGGAUACACCGGCAACUAAACUUAAGAGACGUGUGUCCAAAUCUGACGAUCAAACUGACAUAGAUAGUUCACCUUUGGACAAAUCAAAAGUACGCGAAGUCAAAUCCACGCAAAAUAAUGAGGAUAAAUCUGCGCCAAAAACUAAAGGACGCGACGAUAGACACGUCUCACAUCAUGAGGAUGUAUGGGCACCGAAAUCUAUCGAACACGAACAGAAACCCGUCACAGUCGAUAAGGAUGUUUCUCUCUCUGUCACUAAACCACAAACGCACGAAUCAGAUGAUGAUAUUGAGGAUAUUUGGGGUUCGACUGAAGAUGACGCGCCGAAACCUAUAAAAAUACUGGAGGAUUCGCGGAACUCCAAAGUUACACCGUAUAAGAACGGUCGAGAUAAAGUCGAGGAACCUACAUCUACACCUAAACUUACAUCCAAACCUAGGGGCAGCGUAAGCAAGCUCAAAGAACCCACGGAGAGCGAUAUACCCGAACACGAAAUAGACGAUAAAUCCACAAACACUAAGAACAAAGACACUGAUUCUACACUUGACAAGGAUGAAGUGCCUAAGAAAAAGCUGAUCACUAGACGUAGGUCGUCGACUAAAUCAACAGAAGGAUCUGAGGAUCAGGAACAAGUUUUGAAAUCAAAGAAGAAGAAAUCUAAACCUGUGGAUGAGUCUAAGAAAGAGGAAUUGAAACCGAAAACCCUCGGAAAACCGGAAACACCUAAGGAGGAACCUAAGCCUAAACCGGGAGAGGCGAAGGUGGAAUCGAAAGCCAAACCCAAAGCGGAAGAAGUAAAGGAAGCACCUAAGACCCAACUUAAACCAGAUGAACCGAAGGAGGGACCGAAAGCUAAACCAAAAGCAGAGGAAGUAAAGGAAGUGCCAAAGUCCAAGCCAAAAACAGAUGAACCAAAGGAGGAACCAAAAGCUAAACUUAAGACGAAGGAAGUAAAGCAUGCAACAACACUUAAGCCCAAACCAGAAGAAGACAAGAUCGAGGAAAAGCCUACGGCUAAACCAGAAGAAUUAAAGGAGAUACCAAAAACCAAACCUAAGCUGGGUGAAUCAAAGAUUGAGGAAAAGCCUACGGCUAAACCAGAGGAAUUAAAGGAGAUAUCGAAAACCAUAUUUAAGUUAGACGAACCGAAGGUGGACGUUAAAUCCAAAGCAGAAGAAACAAAGAAAGAGGAACCCGCGACGAAACUUGCGGCUAAACCACAAGAACCAAAGAAGGAAGAAGAGAUCACUAAGAAAAGUCUAAAAUCUGUCAAGCAACUCGAGGAAGAGAAGAAAACUCAAGAGAAAGUCGAGCUUAAGCCGAAGGAUGCCACGGUGACCAAACUGAAAUCCCGUAUACCACCGAAACAGGAAGUUAAAACCGAAAGAUUUCAGGGAAUUCAGCUUAAACCUGUUUCGAAGGAUGGGAAACAGCCUCAACAGGCUGAAAAUGGCAAGGUGGAACUUAAGAAAACCGAGAAGGACGAAAAGCUCGAUGCGAAGAAGAGAAAGGGAUCGAAGGCGGCGAAGGAGGCGAGUUACGAACUUCCGGAGAUCCCAGAUUACGAAAGGCCUGUUCUUGAGGAAGUACAGAAAUUCGAUUUUGGAGAAUUUCAGCCUCGCGAUAAGACGAAGCUCGACAGACCGGUAACGCAGAAAUUCGACUCUAAGCCGAAGUUACCGGAGAUCAAGGCGCCCGAAGCACCUAAGAUCGAAGUGAUCAAGGACGUGACGCCAGUGGGCAGCAGAAAGGGCUCCUUAGCACCCGGAAGCGGAACCAGCAGUCGACGCGGUUCUCUCAUACCGCCCGAGGAAUUGGGUCGCAGGCCCAGCUUGAUCAUCAGUGACGAGUUGGGAAAGUUACGGCCCGGUGAGGUGUUGGACGCAAAGCGUCGUCGUCCGAGCACAGCGGACAUCAGAAGACCCAGCGUGGCGGACCUCGAGAAUAAGAUCAAUCAGCCUAGCACACCUCUGCGCGAUGUCGGACCAGGUGGACCACCCCAGAUCGUCGAUGUCCAGGAGUCGUACGCCGCCGUCGAAGACUCGACGGCGUAUCUCACCGUCGCGGUGGAGGGCAGCCCUGCGCCAACUUUCAAGUUCUACAAGGGCAUCACCGAGAUCAUCGAAGGUGGCCGCUUCAAGUUCCUUACGGACACGGAUACCAACACGAUCACCCUCUGCAUGAGGAAGACGAAGCCCAACGACGAGGGUACUUACAAGAUCGUCGUGAGUAACAUCCACGGCGAAGAUUCUGCCGAGAUGCAGCUCUACGUUUCCGACGCCAGUGGCAUGGACUUCCGUACUAUGUUGAAGAAGAGAAAAUACCAAAAAUGGGGACGGGAGGAGGCCGACCAAGAGAAAGUGGACUUGAAAGAAGUCGAGAAGCCUAUGCCGGCAUUGAAGAAAGUCGAAAGGAAACAAGAGAGCUUCCUGAAGCCACUGGUGGACCAAUAUGCCAAGGAAGGCAAGGAUAAGAAGGUCGCCUUCGAAGCGAACUUUUCGAAACCGAACUGCAAACCGAAAUGGUUCUUCCGAAAGGAUGAAUUAUUCGCAUCGGCUAAAUAUAAAUUCAAAAACGAGGAAGACUGUUAUCAACUCAUCAUCACCGGACCCAAAGUCGAAGACACUGGAAAAUACACGAUCGAAAUUGCUGGUGUGUCCAGCACAGGGUUCCUCAACGUGGACGAACCUGAUCCAACGUACACGUUCACGAAACCUCUGCCGAAGAAGAGCAGUGGCUUCACCAAGCAUGAGACCUACAUGGAGUGUACAGUCAGUUCCAAUCUGGCGCAAGUUUCCUGGUACCAAGACAAGACGAAACUCGAGGAUGGAGAGCAGUACAGUAUUUCCAAAGACAUGUCCGGUGUUUGCCGGCUGACUAUCAAGAUCUCAACCCUCGAGGACAGUGGCGAAUACAGUUGCAGGAUAAAUAAACAGUCGGACAGGACCGAUACUACUCUCACUGUAGUCGAAUAUCCUUACAAAUUCGUCAAAGUACUAAAGCAUCAGCAGCUGGUAGAAAAGGAGACACUGACUUUGCUUUGCGAACUCGACGAUGCCGGGGGUGAUGUUCAAUGGUUCAAGGGUGAUCAAGCGAUUACACCCGAUAAGAGAGUGCAAAUCAAGGAAGACGGCAGAAAACGAAAGCUCGUCAUUAAAGACUGCAAAGUCACCGACGCCGGAUUGUAUUCUUGCGUGAGCAACGCUGAUAAGACGGAAGCCGAAAUCGUGAUUAAUUACGCCAAUCGCUUCAACAAGAAGUUGAAGGACACGGUCGCGAUAGAGAGAGAGAAGCUGGUGCUGGAUGUCGAGCUUCAGGAUCAGACCGCGCCGGCUGUAUUCUAUUUCAAUGGCGAGAAGAUCGAGCCCAACGAGAGAGUAGAAAUCAAGAAUCUUGGCGGUGGUAAACAUCAGUUAGUCUUCAACAAAGUGGAGAUGACAGAUGAUGGCGAGGUCAUGUGCGAGAGCGGUCAGCUGACCAGUAGCUGCAAGCUCACCGUGAAAAAGGGCGAGAGCAAACCUAUCGUCGACUUCCCCGACAAGGUCGAAGGACCCUGCAGCGCACCGUUAAUCUUUGUUGUGCCUUUCAAAGUCGAGGGCACCAAGCAGAGUCAAAUAGAAGCGAAACUGUUGAAGGAUGGCAAACCGCUACCUCUCAAGGAUGUCGAAAUCAUUGUUGGCGAGGAUAAAAUAACGUAUAAGAUCAAGAAACCCCAGCGCGAAUCGUCCGGAAUCUAUCAGAUAAAGAUCAGUAACAAUCAGGGCGAGGAAGUAAAGGACGUCAACAUUGUUAUGCAAGACGUCCCAUCUCCGCCGUACGACGUCGAUGUCAACGAGAUUUUCCAGAACUCCUGCGUCGUGUCGUUCAAGCCGUCCAAAGAUGAUGGCGGAGCUCCUAUCAUGAAGUACGUCAUCGAGCGUCUCGAUCUCAGCUUGAAAUCUCAAUGGGAUAACGUGGGCGAGGUCACGUCGGACGAGAAGUGUGUCUACAAGGUCACAGAUCUUAUUGCGAAAAAGGAGUACAAAUUCCGCAUACGAGCCGUAAACAAGCUCGGUUCCAGCGAACCGGCGAUGUUCGGCAAGCCUGUCUUAGCCAAGGAUCCAUGGGAUGAACCUGGCAAACCGACGAACGUCGAUGUAACCGAUUGGGAUAAGGAUCAUGCUGAUUUAACGUGGACAAAACCAGAGAAUGACGGCGGUGCACCGAUCACCGGUUACGUAAUUGAGUACAAAGAGAAAUUCGGCAAGGAAUGGGUGAAGGGCAAAGAGAUCGAGGGUGACGUUACUAAAGCGACCAUCGACGGUCUGAAGGAAGGCACGCAAUACGAGUUCAGGAUACGGGCGGUGAACAAGGCCGGUCCUGGUGAACCAUCCGAUGCCACGAAACCGAUCAUCGCCAAAUGUCGAUUCGUCAAGCCGUACAUCAUCGGCGAAGGUCUCACAAACUUGGUCGUCAAGAAGGGCCAGGUCAUCAAGUACGACAUCAAGUAUGCUGGCGAACCGGAUCCGGAAUUACACUGGAUGCUCGGGCAGAAGGAGAUUGUCCAAGACGCGGCAGAGAGGAUCACGAUCGACAAAUAUGAGAGAAAUACAGUGUUGACAGUCAGGAGAACUACUCGGCCUGAUUCCGGAAAAUAUAAACUAGUACUGACGAACAGUUCCGGUACAUGCGAGAGCAUCGCUGACGUCGUCGUUCUAGACAAGCCAUCGAUUCCGCUAGGACCGCUCAAGAUAGAAGAAGUUCGCUCUGAUCACGUUAAGGUCAAGUGGGAACCACCUGAAGACAACGGUGGUACCGACAUCACGGGCUACGUGUUGGAAAAGAUGGACCUAGACACUGGACGAUGGAUUCCAGCUGGAGAAGUCGGUCCUCACGAGAAGGUAUUCACAUUCCCUGGUCUGACGCCCAAGAAGAAGUACAAGUUCCGCGUUAAGGCGGUUAACAAGGAAGGCGAGUCCGAACCCUUGGAGGUUGAGGAAGCUAUUCUCGCGAAGAAUCCUUAUGAUGAACCUGGCAAGCCUGGCAAGCCGGAAAUUUUCGACUACGACAAUGUCAGCGUGUCGCUGAAGUGGGAAAAACCAAAGAGCGACGGUGGCAGACAAAUCACUCACUACACCGUCGAAAUGAAGGACAAAUUCGCCGCCGACUGGAUCGAAGUGAUGAAAACCACCGACUCAACCCCUGAAGCUAAAGUCGAAGGUCUCAAGGAGAAGAUGGUAUAUCAAUUCCGCGUUCGCGCUCACAACAAGGCGGGUCCUGGUGAACCCAGCGAUCCCACGGACAAUCAUCUUUGCAAACAUAGGAAUUUGCGACCGAGAAUCGACCGAACCAACUUCAAGUCGGUCAUCAUCAAGGCUGGUCGCACGCAUAAAUGGUCUGUGGACGUGACUGGUGAACCAGCGCCGGAGACCAAGUGGAUCUGGAGAGAUAAUAUUCCGCUGACCACUACCGAUCGCAUCAAGAUCGAUAAUGUCGACUAUCAUACAGACUUCACGCUCGUUAAUGCGAUGCGUAAGGACACCGGAAAGUAUACCUUGGUCGCCGAGAACGCUAACGGCAAGGAUGAAGAAACCGUCGAGCUCACAGUACUCGGAAAACCGAGUGCUCCUAAAGGACCUCUGAAAGUGAGUGACGUCACCAACACUACGGCCAAGGUGAAAUGGGAGAAACCGGAGGACGACGGUGGUGUGCCGAUCAAAGAGUACGAGAUCGAGAAGAUGGACACGAAAACCGGCAAAUGGGUUAGAGUGGGCAAAAUUCCUGGAAAUUCGCCGAACACGGAAUUCGAGGUGACUGGCCUGAAUCCCGGAAGCGAGUACAAGUUCCGAGUGACAGCUGUCAACGACGAGGGUGAUUCGGAGCCUCUGGAAAGCGAACGCGGUGUCAUCGCGAAGAAUCCAUAUGAUGAGCCAUUGAAACCUGGAACCCCUGAGGUCACCGAUUACGAUAACGAAUCCAUAAGCUUGAAAUGGGCACCACCCGAGUUUGAUGGAGGUGCACCAAUCGAUAAAUACAUCAUCGAGAAGAAGGAUCGGUAUAAGCCUGAUUGGGAGAAGGCUAUCGAGGUACCUGGGGAUCAACUUGAGGGCAAAGUACCCGAUCUGAAAGAAAGGGGCGAGUAUCAAUUCCGAGUUAUCGCUGUGAACAAAGCCGGACCCUCGCCACCGUCAGACGCAUCGAAGAUGCAAAUCUGCAAGCACAAAGCUCUGAAGCCGAGAAUCGACCGAACGAACUUGAAACCGAUUGUCGUGAGAGCCGGCAAACUCGUCAAGUACGACGUAGACGUGCGAGGAGAACCGCCGCCAGAGAUCAAGUGGUACCACGCCGGCAACGAGGUGAAAUCCGCCGAAAACAUCGAGAUAGUCAACAUCGAUUACAACACGAAGCUCACCAUCUCCGAUAGCUUGCGAAAGAAUACUGGCGUUUGGAAAAUCAAGGCUGUUAAUCCUCACGGCGAGGACGAGGCGGAGGUCGAAGUGACGAUAUUGUCUGCACCUGGAAAACCAAAAGGACCGCUCAAAGUGUCGGACGUCACGAAGAACAGUUGCAAACUCAAAUGGGGUAAGCCAGAGGACGAUGGCGGCAAGCCAAUCACUGGCUACCAAGUGGAAAAACUGGACAAAGCGACUGGUAGAUGGAUACCUGUCGGUCGCACCGCGGACACCGAGAUGGAUAUAAAGGGUCUUCAAGAAGGUCAUGAGUACGAAUUUAGAGUGAAGGCUCUAAACGAGGAAGGAGAAUCGGAGCCGCUCGUGUCAGACGGCUCGACGAUUGCGAAGAAUCCUUACGAUGUCACAGGCAAACCUGGAACACCGGAACUGGAGGAUUGGGAUGUCGAUCGUGUUGAUCUUAAAUGGGAACCUCCGAAAGACACAGGCGGUGCACCAAUCACCGGCUACAUCAUUGAGAAAAAGGAGAAACCUUCCUCGCAAUGGGAAGAAGCUCUCGUCACAGACUCACCACAGCCUAAAGGGCGCGUUACUGGCUUGAAAAAAGGUUCCACUUAUCAAUUCCGUGUUCGUGCUGUUAAUAAGGCUGGACCAUCAGAGCCCAGUGAUCCAACUAAACCACAUAUUGCUAAAGCAAGAUUCUUGAAACCACAUAUCAAUCGUGAUAAGCUGCAGACUAUCAAAGUCAGGGCAGGCCAAUUGGUGAAGUUGGAGGUUGAUAUUGAAGGCGAACCUCCUCCAACAGUUACAUGGAGCUUUGCCGAUGCACCGCUCCAAACCGGAGCCAACGUUAAAAUCGAUAACGAAGACUACCUCACUAAAAUCCAGUUGACAAACACAAGUCGCAAGUUAACUGGCAAAUAUACCAUCAAAGCUGUAAAUGAUUCCGGACAAGAUGAAGCCGAUGUGGAGAUUAACAUUCUCGAUAAGCCUGGAAAACCGGAGGGACCAUUAGAAGUGACGGACGUGCACAAGGAGGGCUGCAAAUUGAAGUGGAACAAACCGAAGGACGACGGCGGUCUUCCUCUAUCUAGUUACGUAGUAGAAAAAAUGGACGUAACGACAGGUCGGUGGGUACCAGCCGGUAUUGUGGACCCUGAGAAAACCGAGCACACGCUUACCGGUUUGGAACCCGGCCACAAAUACGAAUUCCGUGUGAAGGCUGUGAACGAGGAGGGAGAAUCGGAACCUCUGCAAUCCGAUGUUCCCAUCGUAGCCAAGAAUCCAUACGAUGCUCCGGCGGCACCUGGACUCCCAGAGAUUAUUGAUUGGUCAGAAAAUAUGGUGAAACUCAAGUGGGAACCACCGAUAAGAGACGGCGGUGCACCAAUUAGCGGAUAUAUCAUCGAGAUGAAGGAUAAGUUCGGUAGUAACUUUGUCAAAGCCGCUGAAGUGGAAGGGCCCAUAUGUACCGGCACAGUUCCCCGGUUGGAAGAGGGCAAUCAAUAUCAAUUCAGGGUACGCGCUGUCAACAAGGCUGGUCCUGGUGAACCUAGCGAAGCCACGAAUCCACACACUGCUAAAGCUCGUUGGCUAAAACCAUACAUUGAUCGUACGAAUCUGCAACCUAUAACAGUAAAAGUCGGUCUCACCGUGACCCUAGAUGUAAACAUAAUUGGCGAACCGCCACCAAAAGUCACUUGGACUUUCAAGGAAAAGGAACUCGUAUCUGACGAUACGAUACGAAUUGACAACAUUGACUAUAACACUAAAUUCUUCAUCCUGAAAACUAAACGCGCGCAUACCGGUAAAUAUGUGAUCAAGGCUAAGAACGAGGUCGGCGAAGAUACCGCCGAGAUAGAAAUUACCGUCCUCGGCAAGCCCAGCAAGCCAAAGGGUCCAUUGAAAGUGACCGAUGUAAAUAAACAUGGCUGUAAGCUCAAGUGGGACAAACCGGAAGAUGAUGGUGGCUCACCGGUCGAGUAUUACGAGAUCGAGAAGCUGGAUCCUCUCACAGGACAAUGGAUACCCUGCGGCCGCAGCACCGAGCCGGAAGCUACUGUUACCGGAUUGCAAGAGGGCAAACCUUAUAAAUUCCGGGUGAAAGCCGUUAAUCGAGAAGGAGAGUCCGAUGAUCUGGAGGCGGACAAGUCCAUCAUAGCCAAGAAUCCGUUUGACGAACCGGGCAAACCCGGUAGACCGGAACUCAAGAACUGGGACAAGGACUUUGUCGAUCUUGAGUGGACCCCACCCAAGGAUGAUGGAGGUGCACCUAUCGAAAAGUAUAUUGUACAGAUGCGGGACAAAGAGGGUAGACAGUGGGUGGAUGUUGCCAAGGUCCCAGGAGAUCGCACAGUCGCUAAAGUGACAGAUGGUAUCCAGGAAGGUCACGAGUACGAAUUCAGGAUUGUGGCGGUCAAUAAAGCCGGACCUGGCGAGCCUAGUGACAACUCGAAGAGCGUCGUUGCCAAGCCUCGAUUCUUGGCACCGCACAUUGAUCGCAAGAAUCUUCAGAAGAAAGUUAUGCGAAUUGGCCAGAUGCUGCGAAUCGAAGCCGACAUCAAGGGCGAACCACCUCCAGUUGUCACGUGGAAGCUCAAGGACACGGUACUAAAGAGUAUGGACCGACUCAAGAUCGAGAACGAGGAUUAUCACACUACGUUCAUUCUCAAUAAGCUCCAACGCUCAGACACCGGCACCUAUACAGUCAUCGCCAAGAACGACAGUGGCACCGAUCAAGUUGACGUCGAGCUUCAGGUGCUGAGCAAACCCAGCAAACCGAAGGGACCGCUCGAUGUGUCCGACGUCACAGCUGAAGGUUGUAAGCUGAAGUGGAAUAAACCCGACGACGACGGUGGUGAACCAGUUGAUCAUUACGUCAUCGAGAGGAUGGACGUAGAUACAGGACGUUGGGUACCAUGCGGUACCAGCAAGACACCGGAAGCAGAUGUUUCCGGUCUGAAUGAGGGCAAGGAUUAUCAAUUCCGUGUUAAAGCUGUUAAUUCCGAGGGUGAAUCCGAACCUCUGGAAACAUCCAUACCGACAACUGCGAAGAAUCCUUACUCCGAGCCCGAUGCGCCGGGUAAACCCGAAUUAAAGGACUGGUCGAAAAAUCACGCAGACUUGAAAUGGAAAGCUCCAAAGAAAGAUGGUGGCGCUCCUAUAGAGAAGUACAUCAUCGAGAAGAAGGAUCAGUACGGCAAAUGGCAGAAGGCCGUGGAAGUUCCAGGCAAUAAGACCGAAGCCAAAGUGCCAGAUCUUGUGGAGGGACAGAAGUACCAAUUCCGAGUCAAAGCCGUGAACAAGGGUGGUCAAAGCAAGCCCAGUGAACCUAGCGAUACUCUGAUUGCCAAAGAUCGUUACGCCGCACCCAAGAUCGACCGCACCAAUCUGAAGGACAUCACGCUCAAGGCUGGCAAUGUUAUUCGACUGGACGUCAAAGUUACGGGCGAACCGCCGCCAAGCAAGACUUGGUUCCUGAACAAGGCCAAGCAGGAGUCCGGCAAUGUUCUGACAAUCGAGAUAGAAGAGUACAAGACCAAGUUCGUGAUCUCGUCAGCGACUCGAGCGCACUGCGGCACUUUGACCUUGAAGGCGGAGAACAGCUCCGGCAAGGACGAGGCAUCUAUCGAGAUUCUUGUGUUGGAUAGGCCUAGUAAACCCGAAGGACCGCUCAAAGUGUCCGAUGUGCACAAAGAAGGUUGCACCCUCAAGUGGAAUCCGCCUGCGGAUGAUGGCGGUGCGCCCUUGGAUCAUUACGUUGUCGAGAAAAUGGACACGGAGACCGGCAGAUGGAUACCGGUCGCACGAACCAAAGAACCCAAUAUGGUGGUGGAGAAUCUGGUGCCCGGACAGGAGUACAAAUUCCGAGUCGCGGCUGUGAACGCGGAGGGUGAAUCCGAGCCGCUGGAGACGGAACAUGGAAUCGUCGCUAAGAAUCCAUUCGACGAACCUGGCCCGCCAGGACGUCCGGAAGCGACCGACUGGGACAAGGAUCACGUGGAUCUGCGAUGGACUCCGCCAUUGAAAGACGGCGGAUCUCCAAUCACCGGAUAUGUGAUCGAAAAGAGGGAGAAAGGUGCUCCUAAAUGGAUCAAAGCGUGCGAGACCGGACCAGAUUGUAAGGCGGUCGACAAUCUCGACGAGGGUGUCGAGUAUGAAUUCAGAGUCAAGGCCAUUAAUGCCGCGGGACCUGGAGAACCAUCCGACGCCAGCAAACCAAUCACCGCCAAGAGCCGAAGACUCGCACCGAAGAUCGACAGACGAAAUCUGCGCGAUAUAACAGUUCGUGAAAACGAAGCGUUCCACUUUGACGUCAAAAUCAUCGGCGAACCGCCGCCAGACGUCACAUGGGUGAUCAACAAUAAGAGCAUUCAGCAGACUACACAUCGCAGAAUACAGAACGUACCUUACAACAGCAAAUUCUUCAACGAUAAGCCUGAACGUAAGGACAGUGGCACUUACAAGAUUACAGCAGUCAAUCAACAUGGAUCCGACACUGCCGAAGUUGAAGUUAAUGUUAUCUCAAAACCUGGCAAGCCGGAAGGACCACUGGAGGUAUCCGACGUGCACAAGGAAGGAUGCACGCUUAAAUGGAAGAAACCCAAGGACGACGGUGGAGAACCAAUUGAAGGCUACCUUGUAGAGAAGUUUGAUCCGGAAACUGGAGUUUGGCUACCGGUCGGAAAAACGACCGGACCUGAGAUGAAGGUCGAGGGACUUACACCCGGUCAUGAAUACAAAUUCCGAGUCAAGGCACUCAACAAGGAAGGAGAAUCUGAACCGCUGGAGACCUUCAGCUCUAUCAUAGCUAAAGAUCCAUUUACUGUUCCAACUGCACCUGGAGCACCAGAACCAGUCGAUUGGACGGCCAACCAAGUCGAACUUGCUUGGAAAGAACCUGUCAGCGACGGUGGAUCACCCAUCACGGGCUACAUUAUCGAGAAGAAAGAUAAAUAUAGCACGAUGUGGGAAAAGGCUUUGGAGACCGAAACACCGGUCACCAAAGCUCUGGUGCAUGGUCUGAUAGAAGGCAACGAUUACCAGUUCCGCGUAAUCGCCGUGAACAAAGCUGGCCAAUCGGAACCUGGUGAAGCUAGCAAGACGUUCACCGCUAAACCACGUUUCUUGGCCCCGAAGAUCGACAGGCGUAAUCUGAGGGACGUUACUCUCUCCGCUGGCUCGAUGCUGAAGUUCGACGCCAACGUGAUCGGCGAGCCUCCGCCUCAUAUCGAGUGGCGUUACGGCGCGAUACCGCUUCAUUCCGAUCGCAAGGUGCAGAUCGACAACAGCGACUAUAGCACCAAAUUCAGCAUACGUCCAGUGUCGCGAGACGACAGUGGCGAUUACACCGUCACGGCCAGUAAUUCGUCGGGCAAGGACUCGGUAACGGUACAGGUGACGGUGACGGACAAACCGACACCGCCCGAGGGUCCGCUCCAGGUGUCGGAUGUACACAAGGAGGGAUGCAAGCUGAAGUGGAAGAGACCUAAGGACGACGGUGGCACCCCUAUCGAGUACUACCAAGUGGACAAGAUGGACCCGGAGACCGGAUGCUGGGUGCCUUGUGGUCGUUCCACCGAGCCAAAUCUCGAGGUGACAGGUCUAACACCUGGCAAGGAAUAUCUUUUCCGAGUAGCCGCGGUCAAUGCCGAGGGCGAAUCGAAGCCUUUGGAAGCGGAGCAAGCAAUAGUAGCCAAGAAUCCAUUUGACGAACCAGGAAAACCGGGUGACCUCCAGGCCACCGACUGGGACAAGGAUCACGUUGACCUGAAAUGGACUCCACCGGAGAACGACGGUGGUUCGCCAAUCACCGGUUAUGUAAUCGAGAAGAAGGACAAGUACGGCGAAUGGGAGAAAGCGCUGGAGGUUCCGGCAGACGAGACUUCUGCUACCGUGCCGGACCUCAUCGAGGGUCAGCCAUACGAAUUCCGGGUACGAGCCGUGAACAAGGCUGGCCCUGGCGAACCGUCAGACGCCACUCCGACCAUCAUCGCGAAACCGCGCAAUCUGGCGCCCAAGAUUGACCGCACCAAUCUGAUCGAGGUGAGGAUCAAGGCCGGCCAGAACUUCAGCUUCGACUGCAAGGUGACGGGCGAACCGCCGCCGACCACCAAGUGGAUGCUGAACGGCAAGGAAGUCCGACCGUCUGAACGCGUCAAGGUCAAACACGUGGAUUACAACACCAGUCUGAGCGUGCGAAUGGCCACACGGGCGGAAUCCGGCAAGUACACCGUCAUCGCGGAGAACAUUAACGGCCGGGACGAGGCCUUUGUCAAGGUCACCGUGCUGGACAAGCCGAGCCCGCCUCAGGGUCCGCUACGUACAUCCGACGUGCACGCCGAGGGUUGCAAGCUCUCGUGGAAGCCGCCGGAGGACGACGGUGGACAGCCGGUUGAGAAAUAUGUCGUGGAGAAGAUGGACGAGGCUACGGGUCGUUGGGUACCAGCCGGGGAGACUGACGGACCGGAAACAAGUCUGCAGGUGGAGGGUCUGACGCCAGGGCACAAGUACAAGUUCAGAGUCAGGGCUGUCAACAAGCAGGGCAAGUCUGAGCCACUCACCGCUAUGCAGAGCAUCGAGGCAAAGAAUCCCUUCGACGAGCCAGGAAAGCCAGGUACGCCCGAGGUGGUUGACUACGAUAAAGACUUUGUCGAGCUCCACUGGAAACGUCCUGACGAAGACGGCGGAUCACCGAUCACUGGUUACAUUAUAGAAAAACGCGACAAGUACAGUCCAACUUGGGAGAAGUGCGCGGAGGUCGAUGGUGACACGAAUCAGGGCAGGGUCAACGACCUGGUCGAGGGAACGCAAUACGAAUUCCGCGUGAGGGCCGUUAACAAGGCUGGUCCCGGCGAAGCGUCGGAGGCGUCCAAGUCUCAUCUGGCGCGACCUAAAAAUCUUCCACCGAAGAUCGACAGGAAGUACAUGCUGGACGUGAAGGUGCGCGCCGGCGGUUUCUUCGACUUCGACGUUCCGGUGAUCGGCGAGCCACCACCAAGCAAGGAGUGGUCGCUGAAGGGCUCCAUGGUGAUAGCGGGCGAUCGCAUUAAGAUCACGAACGAGGACUAUAACACCAAAGUACGCAUAAUAGAGGCAAAACGUGCCGAUUCGGGCGUCUAUACACUGGAGGCCAAAAAUGUGAACGGCAAGGAUUCCGCCACGUUGACGGUGAACGUAUUGGACGUGCCCUCGCCGCCUGAGGGUCCGCUGAAGAUUGACAACGUCACCCGAAGCGGUUGCACUCUGAGAUGGCGGCCGCCCAAGGACGACGGCGGCUCCGAGAUCCAGUACUACCAAGUCGAAAAGAUGGACACAGAGAACAUGCGCUGGGUACCCGUGGCCGAGGCUAGUACCACGUCGGCGCAGGUGGGCCACCUGAUCGAGGGUCACGAUUAUCAGUUCCGCGUGCGGGCGGUCAACAAGCAGGGCGAGUCUCAGCCGUUGACCGGAUUGGAUACCAUUACCGCUAAAGAUCCGUUCGCCAAGCCGGACAAGCCCGGAACGCCAGUGGCCACCGAUUGGGACAAGGAUCACGUGGAUCUCGAAUGGGCACCGCCUAAGAAGGACGGUGGAUCACCCAUAACUGGCUACAUUAUCGAAAAACGACCGCGUUUUGGACAGUGGGAGAAAGCGGCCGAGGUGCCCGGGGAUAAGACCAGCGGCAGGGUACCAGAUCUGACCGAGGGUCAAGAGUACGAGUUCAGGGUCAUCGCUGUCAACAAGGGCGGACCUGGUGAACCGUCCGAUGCGUCGGCACCGAUCGUCGCCAAACCACGUUUCAUUGCUCCUUCGUUCGAUACUCAUCUGCUGAGCGAUUUGGUGGUACGAGCCGGUCAGAAGAUCAGUUACAAUAUUCCCAUCGUAGCAUCACCUAAGCCAAAAGCAACUUGGAAUCGCGAUGGAGUUCAAAUCGUGGCUGAUGCUCGUCACGAAAUGUACACCACCAAUAGCGAAACUUCCUUCGAAAUUCCGUUCUCAGUUCGCGGUGAUACUGGACGUUACACUUUGACUUUGGAAAAUGAACAUGGAAAUUUCAGUGCCAGCGCGAGAGUCACUGUCCUUGACAGACCAGCGCCACCAGAAAAACCGCUGGAGGUGAGUAACGUCACCAAAGAGGGUUGCCAUUUGACCUGGGGACAUCCUCUCGACGAUGGUGGCAGUCCUAUUCUGCACUAUGUCAUUGAAAAGAUGGAUCUAUCUCGUGGAACCUGGUCUGACGCCGGCAUGAGCAUGGUACUAAGUCACGAGGUCAGUCGUCUGACCCAUCGUAAGGAAUACCUGUUCCGCGUCAAAGCUGUUAACAACAUCGGAGAAUCCGAUCCGCUCGAAACCACGAAGAGCAUUAUCGCGAAGAACGAAUUUGAUGAACCAGAUGCUCCUGGCAAGCCACAGAUCACGGACUGGGACAAGGAUCACGUAGAUCUGGAAUGGCCAGCGCCGAAGAAUGACGGCGGAUCACCGAUCAAGGGUUACAUCGUCCAGAAGAAGGAGAAGGGCAGUCCAUACUGGGUGAACGCGGUGCACGUGCCGGCAGGUCAAACCAGCACGACUGUUCCAGAUUUGACGGAGGGUCAGGAAUACGAGUUCCGUGUGAUCGCCGUCAACGCCGCCGGUCAAUCCGAACCGUCAGAGCCCAGCGAUCUUGUCACUGCCAAGCCACGUUACUUGGCCCCGAAGAUCAAGACCCCUUUGCAAGACGUUCGUAUCAAGGCUGGACUGAUUUUCCACGUCGACAUCGACUUUGUUGGCGAACCGACACCCGAGGUGACGUGGAGCGUAGCAAGCCAGGAAUUGACUUCCAACGACAGGACGACGAUCACGUCGAUCGGCUACCACACGAUCGUGCACAUUGUCAACGCCAAGAGAUCCGAUUCGGGAUUGUAUCAUUUAUUGCUGAAGAACAGCAGCGGUGUAGAUGAAGGUAGCUUCCAAGUAACUGUUUUAGACAAACCUGGACCACCAGAAGGUCCUUUACAAUACGAAGAGAUCACCAGUCAAUCCGUCACGCUCUCGUGGAAGCCACCCAAGGAUAAUGGUGGCAGCGAGCUUACUGGAUACAUCAUUGAAAAACGCGAUCUUACACAUGGUGGCGGCUGGGUACCAGCAGUUACACACGUUAAUCCCAAGUAUAAUCAUGCAACCGUGCCAAGAUUGCUCGAGGGAACCACGUAUGAAUUCCGUGUGAGCGCAGAAAAUCUUCAGGGUCGCUCCGAGCCGCUGACCACCGAUCGAUCCAUCGUUGCCAAGAAUCAAUUCGUGGCUCCUGGACAACCUGGCAAGCCAGAAUGCGUGGACGCCGACAAGGAUCAUAUCAAGAUCAAAUGGACUCCACCCAUCAGCAACGGUGGCUCCAAGAUUAUUGGCUACGAUGUGGAGCGUCGGGAUCGCGCGACCGGUCGUUGGAUAAAGCAGAACAAGGAACCCGUCAGAUAUCCUGAAUACUACGACGACCACGUAACGGAGGGUCAUCAAUACGAAUACCGUGUGUCGGCUAUAAACGCCGCCGGUGCUGGAAAACCAAGCGAGACCUCGUCCGUGUUCACGGCCAAACCCAUGAAAGAGAAGCCGAAGCUUCAUCUGGACGCUCUGAUCGGUCGCAAGAUCAAGGUCCGCGCUGGAGAACCAAUCAACGUCAAUAUACCAUUGUCCGGCGCGCCUACGCCGAAGAUCGAUUGGGUCAAGGAUGGAAAAUCGCUCCUGGAGACUCUUCGUUUAUCGAUCGAAACCAAGAGCGAUCGAACGCAGCUGUUGAUUGAAAAAUCAGUGCGAGAUGACAGCGGCAUGUAUACCAUAACCGCGUCGAACGAGCACGGAAAGGAUUCCGCUGACAUCGAGGUGAUAGUCGUGGACAAGCCUGGACCGCCUCAGGGUCCUCUGCAAUACACCGGCACGACUCACGAAUCCGUCGGACUAUCUUGGAAUCCACCGGUGGACAACGGUGGCUCCGACAUCACGAACUACAUCGUCGAAGUAUCGGACUACGGAUCUGACAAUUGGCGACAAGUGCCCGGAUACGUUCCCAGAACGAGCUUUACAGCUAAGGGUUUAAUUGAAGGCAGAAAAUACGUUUUUCGAGUCCGCGCCGAAAAUAUGUACGGAGUGUCAGAGCCCUUGGAGGGUAAACCCGUGAUCGCUAAGAGUCCCUAUGAUCCGCCAGAUGCGCCGAGUCAACCUGAGGUUCUCGGUUACACUCCUAACAGCUGCAGUCUCACGUGGAACCCGCCUAUCAACACCGGCGGAAAGCCUAUUACUGGUUAUUAUGUAGAGAGACGUGAGCGUGGCGGCGAAUGGUUGAAGGUCAACAACUACCCGACGCCAAACACGACGUUCACCGUACAGGAUCUUCACGAGGGUUCGCGAUACGAGUUCAGAGUGAUCGCUGUCAACGAAGCUGGACCUGGCAAACCCAGCAAACCCACCGAACCUAUCAUAGCUGGACAUCAACGCCUGCGUCCUGACGCACCUGAGCCACCUAAAGCUGACAGAAUCACCAAGGACUCGGUGACCUUGAGCUGGCGAGCACCGCGAAGCGACGGCGGCGCGAAGAUAAGAGGCUAUAUCAUUCAGAAGAAGGCCAAGGACGACGCUGACUGGUCAGACGUAAACGGCGCACCUGUACCAAGCAACGUGUACACCGUACCGAAGCUGAAGGAGGGUGAGGAGUACCUCUUCAGGGUGUUCGCGGUGAAUGAUGUCGGUAACAGCGACCCGAGCCGACCCAGCAAUCCCAUCAUCAUCGAGGAACAACCUAACAAACCAGUCAUGGACCUCGGCGGAGUUCGUGACAUCACUGUUCGCGCUGGCGAGGAUUUCUCCAUUCACGUGCCUUAUGUAGGUUUCCCCAAACCGACCGCCACGUGGUUCGCCAACGACGUCGUUAAGGAUGAAACCGAUUCGCGUGUUCAUCAGCAACUGGCUGAUGAUUUCGCCAGUCUGGUGGUGAAGAACGCGAAACGUUCGGAUGGAGGCCAAUACAGACUUCAAUUGCGCAACUCGUCCGGCUUCGAUACAGCGACUGUCAAUGUCAAAGUCCUCGAUCGUCCUGCUCCACCUGAGAAUCUCCGUGCGGAUGAAUUCGGCGGUGACGCUCUUACUCUUUUCUGGAAUCCACCCAAGGAUAAUGGCGGUGCUGAUAUCACUAACUAUGUAAUUGAGAAGAAGGAACCGAAGGCCGCCACGUGGUCUAAGGUGAGCAGCUACGUUACGACGCCGUUUGUGCGGGUCAGAAAUCUGACAGUCGGUCAAGUGUACGAGUUCCGAGUAAUGGCCGAAAAUCAGUAUGGCACAUCAGACCCGGCGACGACGACCGAUCCGAUCAAGGCACGACAUCCGUUCGAUCCGCCAGGUCCUCCUGGCGCGCCUCGCAGCGUGGAAACCACCGAGGACAGCAUCACCAUCACCUGGAGCAAGCCGCGUAACGACGGCGGUUCGCCGAUCCUCGGUUACGUCGUCGAAAAGCGUCUCCUGAGCGAGGACAAGUGGGUCAAGGCCACGCCGGCUCUGGUGCACGAUACCACUUACAAAGUUACCGGACUGAUCGAGAAUCAUGAUUAUGAAUUCCGCGUAGCUGCAGAAAAUGCUGCUGGCCGUGGACCUUGGAGCUCCAACUCUGACGUUAUUCGCGCCAGUGCAGCUCCAUUCCCACCAAAGAUCACGAGCGAUCUCAGCAUCCGUGACAUGACCGUCAUCGCAGGAGAACCGUUUACCAUCACGGUGCCUUAUACAGCCAAUCCUAGACCAAAGCCUAACUGGUCCAUCAACGGCGAGGAGGUUCUCACUGGCGAGAGGAUCAAGUUCGAGACGACCGAUGUGGCCUCGCAGUACAUCAACAAGAAGGCGCAGAGGUCGGACACUGGCACGUACACCAUAUACCUCACGAACACCGUUGGUACCGACUCCGCCUCGUGCAAGGUCCUCGUUGUCGAUAAACCGUCGCCGCCGCUGGCACCCUUGGACAUCUCCGAUAUCACUCCGGAAACCUGUACGCUGACAUGGAAACCGCCUUUCGACGAUGGCGGUUCACCGAUCACAAAUUACAUCGUGGAGAAACUGGAUCCAGCCGGCUUCUGGGUGAAGCUCAGCAGCUUCGCCAGGAGCACGCAUUAUGACGUAAUCGGUCUGGAACCAAAUCGCACAUACAAUUUCCGCGUAAGAGCGGAGAAUCAGUACGGAGUAUCCGAACCACUUCAGGCUGACGAGCCGAUAACGGCCAAGUUCCCGUUCACGGUACCGGAUCCACCUGGACAGCCACGUGUCAUCGAUUGGGACACCUCGAAUGCGACUGUGGUCUGGUCGAGACCACUGUCCGAUGGUGGAUCUCGCAUUCAGGGCUACAAGAUCGAAUUCCGCGAUCCCGCUGAGGACGUGCAAUGGCGUGUGGCAAACGACUACCUCUUCAAGGACACCACUUACGUGUGCUACGGUCUAUUGAGCGGCCACGAAUACGAGUUCAGAAUCCGCGCGAAGAACGCGGCCGGUUUCAGCAAACCUAGCCCGCCGUCCGCGCCGUUCAGACUCAAGAGCAAGUUCAACGUGCCGUCACCACCCGGCACGCCGCAGGUCACCAAGGUCGGCAAAAACUACGUCGAUCUGCGAUGGGAACCGCCCGUGUCCGACGGCGGCAGCAGGAUCACCGGCUACGUAAUCGAGAAGCGCGAAGUGGGUAGCGCGAUGUGGGCCAAGUGCAACGAGUACAACGUCGUCGACACCGAAUACACAGUCAUGCAUCUGAUCGAGCGGGGUGACUACGAGUUCAGGGUCUUCGCGGUGAACGCGGCCGGCAGGUCCGAGCCGAGCUCGUGUACUACUCCAGUGAAGAUCUGCGAGGUCGAGGGUGGCGAGAAGCCGGAGUUUAUCAGGAAUCUACCCAUCAGCCAAAUCAUACCGCUCGGCAAGACCCUCGUCCUCGAGUGCGAGGCCACGGGUAAACCAGUGCCGACUGCCAGGUGGCUGAAGAACGGCCGCGAGAUUACCCUAGGCGGCCGCUUCCGUGCCGAGUCGAUAAACGGCAUCUACAGACUAGUCAUCUCCGAGGUGUGGGAUGCGGAUGACGGGGAUUACAGCUGCCAGAUAUCGAACCAGCUCGGCGUCGCCGCGACCACGUGUCGCCUAAAGAUCGGCACGCCGCCGCGCAUCGAGCGCAUGCCUGGCGAUCUCUAUCUGCCGGAGGGCGACAACACGAAGAUCAAGAUCUACUACAGCGGCGAUCAGCCGAUGGAGGUGACGCUGAAGAAGGAUGGUCAUAAGAUCGUAGAGACCACGCACAUCAAGUACACAGUCUUCGACGAGUAUCUCAUCAUCUUCAUCAAGGACAUCCAGAAGGAUGAUGCUGGCACGUACGAUCUAUCCAUUUCCAACGACAGCGGCAGCGUGAGUGCGUCCUUCACCGUGUACAUCACUGGGUUACCUGGACCGCCAACUGGACCGCUCGACGUUUCCGAUAUUGAUAAACACACGUGCACUCUAUCCUGGCACCCGCCCAAGUACGACGGCGGUCUUCGAAUCACUCAUUACGUGGUGGAGCGUCGUGACGUCAGCCACACGCACUGGAUCAUUGUAUCGUCCUUCUGCAAGGACACGACCUUUGUCGUGCAGGGUCUUACCGAGGGUCAGGAAUACCUCUUCCGGGUGAUGGCGGCCAACGAUAACGGCAUGGGUCCGCCGUUAGAAGGUACCAAUCCCAUCAAAGCCAAGGCACCGUUUGAUCCACCGGGACCACCCGGUACGCCCAAGGUCAUCGAGGUCGGCGGCGACUUUGUCAAUCUCUCGUGGGAAAAACCGGAAACUGACGGCGGUGCUAAGAUUCAGGGUUACUGGAUCGAUAAGAGAGAGGUCGGCGGUCAGGCCUGGCAGCGCGUGAACGUCAGCAUCUGCCUGCCGACGCAAAUCAACAUCAGCAAUCUGAUUGAAGGAAGGCAAUACGAGUUCCGAGUGUUCGCUCAGAACGUGGCUGGACUCAGUACCGAGUCAAAGGCCUCGACCUCCGUGAAGAUCGUCGAUCCACAGGCGGCGAAGCCUCCGGAGAUUGUUCAACCUCUCAACAGGGUAAAUUGCGUCCAGAAUCACAACGCUCACUUCCAAUGCAAGAUCAUUGGCACGCCGAAGCCGAGCAUCACGUGGUUCAAGGGCGCUCGGGAGAUCGUGAGCGGCAGCCGCUACAACAUUUACUCCGAGGGUGACACCCACAAUCUCAUCAUCCACGACGUGUUUGGCGAGGACGCCGACGAGUACUUCUGCCGCGCGGCGAACAAGUGCGGCGUGAAAUCCACUAAGGGCGAGCUCUUCAUCAAGACGCCACCCAGACUGAAUGUACCGCCGCGAUUCCGCGACACCGCCUUCUUCGACAAGGGUGUGAACGUCGUCAUCAAGAUCCCGUUCACCGGCUAUCCGAAACCGAAGAUCACAUGGGUGCGCGAGGGCGAGGUGAUCGAGUCCGGCGGUCAUUACUCCGUGGAGGUGAAGGAACGUCAUGCCGUGUUGACGAUCCGCGACGGCAGCCGCAUCGACUCCGGCCCGUAUCGCAUCACCGCCGAGAACGACCUCGGCCAGGACACGGCGAUCAUCAAGAUCCAAAUCAGCGAUCGUCCAGACCCGCCGAGGUUCCCGCAGGUGGAUAACAUCGGUCACGACUCGCUGGCGGUCAGCUGGAAGCCGCCCUUGUGGGACGGCGGUAGCAACAUCACCAACUACGUCGUGGAGAAGCGCGAGCACCCGAUGAGCAGCUGGAUCCGGGCCGGUAACACUAGGUUCUGCACCUUGGCGGUGACCGGUCUGAGCCCUGGGCAUCAGUACGAUUUCCGGGUGUCCGCGGAGAACAUCUACGGCCGGUCCGAUCCGAGCGAGGUGACGCCGCUGAUCAGCACGAAGGGCGUGAUCAAGCGCGAGUUCAAGAAGAAGGAGUACGAGGUGGACGCGACCGGGAAGAAGAUUCGCGGACGCGACGACGAGAAGCCGCGCGACUACGACCAGUUUGUCUUUGACGUCUACAGCAAGUACGUGCCCCAGCCGGUCGAGAUCAAGCACACGUCGGUCUACGACAAGUACGACAUCCUCGAGGAGAUCGGCACCGGCGCUUUCGGCGUGGUGCACCGUUGCCGCGAGAGGACCACCGGCAACAUAUUCGCCGCCAAGUUUAUCCCAGUGUCCCACGUGAUGGAGAAGGAGCUGAUCAGGAAGGAGAUCGACAUCAUGAAUCAGCUGCACCAUCCCAAGCUGAUCAACCUGCACGACGCCUUCGAGGACGACGACGAGAUGGUGCUGAUCUUUGAGUUCCUGUCCGGCGGUGAAUUGUUCGAGAGGAUCACGGCCGAGGGUUAUACCAUGUCCGAAGCGGAGGUCAUUAAUUAUAUGAGGCAGAUCUGCGAGGGCGUCAAGCAUAUGCACGAAAAGAACAUCAUCCAUCUAGAUAUCAAGCCCGAGAACAUUAUGUGCCAAACUCGCAACAGCACUAACGUAAAACUGAUCGAUUUUGGUCUGGCUACUAAACUCGAUCCGAACGAAGUAGUAAAGAUCAGCACAGGAACAGCCGAGUUCGCCGCUCCCGAGAUCGUCGAACGCGAGCCGGUUGGUUUUUAUACCGACAUGUGGGCUUGCGGCGUCCUAGCUUAUGUUUUAUUGAGUGGCCUUUCGCCGUUCGCGGGCGACAACGACAUCGAGACCCUGAAGAACGUGAAGGCGUGUGACUGGGACUUCGACGAGGAGGCGUUCCGCGACGUUUCCGAGGAAGGCAAAGAUUUCAUCAGACGGCUACUAAUUAAAAACAAAGAGAAGCGCAUGACAGCGCACGAGUGUCUCCUUCAUCCGUGGUUGACCGGCGAUCAUAGUAAAUGGACCAAUCCGAUCGCCAGCAGCCGUUACCUCAGCAUUAGGGACAGAUUGCGUGCUAAGUAUGAAAAUUGGGACAAGUAUGUCCUUCCCAUUGGCCGCCUAGCCGAGUACUCGUCGCUCAGGAAGCUCUUGAUCGAGAAGUACAGAAUCUAUGAUUCUUGCUUCGAUCGCCGACAAGCUGCGCCCAGAUUCGUCAUCAAGCCGCAAAGUGCAUUCGCCUACGAAGGACAGAGCGUGAAGUUCACUUGCCGCGUGAUCGCGAUCGCGACACCGACACUGACCUGGUCGCACAAUAAUCAGGAACUACGACAGUCCGUGAAAUUCAUGAAACGAUAUCACGACGACGAUUACACCUUCAUCAUCAACAGAGUUAAGUUGGAAGACCGAGGAGAGUACAUCAUACGCGCGGAGAAUCACUAUGGCUAUCGCGAGGAGGUUGUCUUCCUUAAUGUACAACCAUUGCCGAGAGAAAUUCCAAAGUACAGGCCCGAGCUGCAUCCGGUACGCAGACGAGAACCGCUCGGCUACAAUGUCUGGCUGGAGAUGAUCGAGUCGGCGCCAAGCUUCACCUUCCUGCUGCGACCACGUGUCAUGCAGAUCAGACAGACAUGCAAGCUGCUCUGCUGCUUGAGCGGUAACCCACCGCCUGUUGUAAAAUGGUACAAGGAUAGAGAGGAGUUAUCCAAAUAUAACUAUCCUAUGAGCAACGCCGACGGAGUCGUCACAAUGGAGAUUAUUGAUUGUAAACCAGAAGACAGUGGCAAAUAUCGCUGCGUGGCUAGCAACAAGCACGGCAAGGACGAGACCAGUUGUGUGGUCAUCGUAGAAGGCACUGGAGAAACGGAGGAGCAAGUAAAAUUAGCGCACGAUUUCCUACAUUCCGGAGAUCGAAGGUAUAUCGAGCAACCACUGAAACAAGCACCACCGCCAAUCGUGACGGUCGCCAAGUCCAGCGGUUACAGCGGCUACAGUUCCACCACUCAAGGUCAAUCUUCCUACAAUGCCAAACACAAUUCCACGACUUCUUCCUAUAAGCAGGAUAGCUCCAGCGUUAAAAUUAACGAAUCCUCCGACAAACGGAGCGUGAAAAAGUACGGCUCGAAGCUCGACACCACCGGAAGUCCGUCUCGAUCUAGGAGCUCGACAAAAGAACUCGUCUUACCCUCCGACGACUCGAUGAGAACGCCGCAAUUCACUCAGAAGCUAAAGAACCUCACGAUAAACGACGGCGAACAGCUGGAGCUUAAGGUCAAGGUUGAUGGCGACCCGGAACCACAGAUCACUUGGAGUAAAGACGGCAAGCUACUUAGCUCAUCGGAGAUCAUCGAUCUCAAAUAUAAGAACGGAGUAGCUGUUCUCACGAUCAAUGAGAUAUUCCCUGAGGAUGAAGGCGAGUACACGUGUCUCGCGACCAACAGCAUCGGUAGUGAUACGACAUCCUGCAAACUGACCGUAAAAGCCGUAGCGAACGCUGCCGGGAAAAAGACGAGCGACGACAAGUCGCCGAAGAUCGUGGACCACCUGACGAGCAUGUACGUAAAGGAUGGCGAAGCGGUGACGCUCAGCUGCCGAAUAAUCGGCGCUAAGAAGUUCGACGUGGUAUGGCUGCACAACAACAAGGAGAUCAAGCCUAGCAAAGACUUCCAGUACACUAGCGAAGCUAACAUCUACAAGCUAGUCAUCGCCGAAAUAUUCCCCGAGGACUCCGGCACUUACACGUGCGAAGCUUUCAAUGACGCAGGAGAGAGCUACUCGUCGUGCACGUUAAACGUACUCGCUCAAAAUGAAGAGCCGAAGAGCCCAGCGUUCGCGACAUUCCCGCAGUCUGCAACAGUGAGCGAAGGCGAGUCGGUGACUUUCACGUGCAAGACUGAUACCGCGCCUUUGAAAGUGACCUGGCUGAAGGACGGCAAGGCAAUCCCCGAGACUAGUAGCAGAUAUCACUUCAGCUCGGACGGCAACACAUCUUUCGAAUUUGGCAUCAAGACCUGCACGGCCAGCGACGUCGGUCAAUAUUUGGCACGCGCGAUCGGACAAAAAGGCGAAACAAAUUCGGCGUUCGCCCUCAAUGUAGUCAACCCCGGCGAGCUGUGAAAUCGAUCCUAGUACCGGGAUGAUUGUACAUCGCGAGCUCUGACAAUCGAAUCGAAGAAUAUCUACUCCAGUAUAUUUUUCGCGGAGGAAACACAAGAUCUGUUUUUUUUCUUUUUUUUUAUUGAGGAACACCCAAUCUAUCCAAAGAUAUGCGUUUUCUUCGAGAAGAAUAUAUCUUGUAUUCUUUAUGCAUUCGAUUCGUAAACGUUGAACCAUCUCCGGUUGAUCUUUUCCGGCCUCUCAACUUUCGUGUGAAGCUUAACGAAAAAUUAUACGAAUGGAAAACGACUCGUUGCGACGAUCGUUUUAAGUCUACGACGUACAAAAAUAAGGGGAUAUCGGAAGAAGACUAAUAUUCAUUCUCUCUGUCUCUUUCUCUUUCUCUCGCGUAUAUUCUGUAUGUAAAUUAUUUUGGAACACUGUAUUCUCUUCCUGUGUGUUUUGUCAUAAAAUGUCGCAUGUGUGAAUCGCUCGAAUCGUCGGGACGCGGUUUUACUUUUAACGAGACGAUGAUCCGAAUAAUUUCCGCGUCUCCGCACAAGCAUUACGGAUAGCACGCGCAACUUAUUACGCUAAAAUAUUCGGCUUUGCUGUAUCACACGACUCGGUAUACACUCGAUAUUCAACGGGUGCGUCGCGAUGGCAUAAUCGAAGAAAAAAAAACGAAAUAGAACCAGAAAUUUUUAAGAUUAUUCAACUCGCCCGAACGCGGUUUUCCCGGCAAGAUUCUGCCAGCAUCCUCGAGAACCAUCAACAUUAUAAAUCUUAUCGGGAAUUCUUCGAUAGGGUCGCGAGAACGACGAAUAUUUAUUUUUACGUGAUUUACUAUCGCAACGUGCCCUGCUAUUCCACGUUAAUGGUCGUGUCAUACUUGUUUGAAGACUGCUUUCCGUCUCAGAAAAAAUUUACGAUAAAAUAAAACAUAUGAAUUAAAA